CGAAACUGGCAGUCACUCCGGGCCUCCGACUGAAAACCCUGCUUUACGUUAAUUCAGGGUUUUUAAAAAUGCCUUUAAUCUCAGUUUGACGUCGCUGGACAUGUUUCUUUGAGUCACAGACGGAAGCAACCCAUUUCCUCGUUCAUAACCUCCUCAGACCAUCGCCAUGAUCUCUUCGUCUCCAGUCAAAACUCUUCCAGGCCCCGGAUGGAUUCUUCUUCUUCCUUUUCUUCUUCUUCUUCUGUCCGCGGCCCCUGUGUCCUCAGAUGAAACGAUCUAUGCGAAGGAGGGAGGCAAGUUAACGCUCAAACCAAAAACAGGGUCUGUGAGUGACGCAACCAAAAGCAUCAUCUGGAAAAUUGGGGAAGAUCUGGUUGUCGACUCGGACCCAGUAGGUUUAAUAAUCUAUGAGAGAUUUAAAGCUCGGAUCAACUUGAACAACCGGACUGGAGAAUUGACUAUCACAGACCUGACUUUUGAUCUUACCGGCGUGUACAGGACAGUGAUUGACAACACUGACAUUGACCACAAGAUCAACCUCUUUGUACUUGCUCCAGUUCCUGUACCUUCCAUUGCUUCCUCCUGCCCUGAAGGUACCAACACAUGUGACCUGAUCUGUGAGGGAAACACGACCAGAGCAAAACCAGUAACAUACAUAUGGAUGACUGACAACGCUGAAGUUUUAGAUCCCUCAAACAAAAUAUACACUGUAAAGGGCGACAGUGCAGGUGUCAGAGAGUUCAGCUGUAAGAUGAUGAAUCCAGUCAGUGAGGAGAGAAGCAAACCUUUCUCCAACCCAUUCAAAGCUGUUCAAAGUGGACCGAGGAUUUCCACAGGAGUCACAGUGUUGGUGGUAUUGCUGUUUCUUGUGAUACUGGUGGCCAUUGGCCACAGAAUGAAAACAGGAGAAUGGUUCUUCAAUAAAUCCUCUAUGCCUUGGGAAAAAGAUUUCUGGAGGAAUACCAUGGCGCAGGAAUCUCAAGCUGCUGCUUUAGAAUCCAACGGCAACACCACUCCACUAAAAGAUCAAUCAGAUGAGGUCACUGCAGUGAGGGAUUAGUGAAACGGCGUCAUCGGCAGAAUCUUCUCUGGAACAAACAUUUUAAAGGAUGGAUUUUUCCAGAAGUUGUCAUUUCUUCUUUUUUCCCCCCCUCAGAAUGUUUUUGACAUUUUCUACUGGCACUGAAACCAACAACUGACUGGAGAGUAUGCACCAAGAUAACCUGCUCCACUGUUACAUUUGAAUAGGAAACACUUUUUGUUGUCGUUAUUGCAGCGUCUGAAACAUGCACUUCAGUGAUAUUUGUAAAAGGAAGUAACCUAAUUAGAGAGGAAAAGAGGUGGGCCGCCGAUCCUUUGGCGGUUUGGCUCAGGAGUUUCCAAAGUGUCAAACGGACAAUUCCUGGAAACCCGGUACAGUGGGCUUUCCUGGAAAAGACUUUAUAUAAAUGACACCCACUGGUACUUUGACCUAAUCGGAUCUGCGCCUGCUCCUGGUUUGAUGCGAGACGGGAUUCAUGCACUUUUGUCUGCAUCAGAGCAACCGAGCUAAGAAAAGAGGAAUAAAGUGCAGAACUGUUGGGUUUGUGACUUAGCUUUUAGUGAUGAAAUAUGCUCCUCCUUACAGAUUUAUGAUUUUAUUUAAUACUAAAAAAAGCAAUCAAAGCCAACCUGGCUUUAUGUGACGAGGGCAAUCCAAGCACCAACAUCAAUGCAUUGACAAAAACUGUUUCUAUUGCAGUUUUGCAAAAUUUCAAUAUGACCGAAAAACUGCGUCAUCCUAGCGCCAAAACCUUUGAUCAAAUAAUGAGAUGUGUGUUGCCAUGAAGCAAAUCUAUUUUCAAAAUGUCAAAUUGCGCAAUUACAUAGAGAUCAGAGACCCAGCUAACAUGAUGUGUUGCUUCAUCAUGUCGUCCAGCAGGUUCUGCUUCGGCGCAUUAAGGUUCCUUUUUCACACAGGGUCAGGUUGGUUUGGGGAACUUUUAAUUGUGAAAAAUGACAUUAUGAAACACUACAAUAACAGAAAUGCAUCAUGGAAGUUUUUCAGUCACUUUUGGCCUUUUGAGAUAAAAAAAACCCCCCCUAAAUGUACUUAAAUGUGUAAAUUUGUUCCUUUUCUAUGUUUUUCUUCUACUUUUUUUGUUUUUUUCAUGUAUAGCCUUUUUUUUAAACAACUGACAUUCGUCUACUUGAACAGGAAGUUGAGGUAUUUAAGAGAUUUGUGCUGAGAUCAACCCAAAUGUCGGUGGUUCUCCAUUUUUUUUAAACAUUGGCUUAUUUAUUACAAAGAAAACUCAUGCAGGCUCUGAUUCAUUUUAGCUAAAGUACAUUAAAUAAAUGCAAUAACAACCCAGUUCUUAUUUUUCUUGCAUUAUUUUUCAUUGUUUAACCACUAGAGGGCAGCAAAUGUUCAUCUGGUUUAUGCAGUAUAAAAGAUAAAAUGUAUUAAAACA